AUGCCCAACGCAAUUCCAACAGGCGACGCUGCUUGUCUCUUCAUGUCACUUCGUAAUGAAGACAGCCUGAUCAAAGAGCGCGGGAGUCAAGGUGUCGACAAAGGCGAGCGCGUUUCAUGGCUACUGUGGGAUGCUGCUAUUGAGAUGCCGCGCUACCAGCCUGCUAUCUUGAAGUUAGUGGAAACUAUACGAGGUCUUCCGGAGCUUGAUAGAAGUAAGGAAUAG